AUGCCCUUCCCCAACAGCUCUGACCUCAGCCCAUCCUCCUUCGUCUUGGCCAGCAUCCCGGGGCUGGAGGCUGCCCAUUUCUGGAUGGCGAUCCUUCUGUGCUCCGCGUACAUCUUGGCGGUCACAGGCAACUGCGCAGUGCUGUUCAUCGUGAAGACGGAGCCCAGCCUGCACGCUCCCAUGUACUUCUUUCUCUGCAUGCUGGCUGCCAUCGACCUGGCCUUGUCCACAUCCACGGUGCCACGUGUCCUCUCCUUCUACUGGUUCAACACCAGGGAGAUCAGCUUCGGCGCUUGCCUUGUCCAGAUGUUCCUCAUCCACACCCUCUCGGCCAUCGAGUCCACUGUCCUCCUGGCCAUGGCCGUGGACCGGUACGUCGCCAUCUGCCACCCGCUGAGACACGCUGCCAUCCUCACCAAUGCUGCGACAGUGAAAAUAGGGCUGGUAGCCAUGGCCAGGGGAGUUCUCUUCUUCCUGCCUUUGCCUCUGCUCCUCCUGCCCCUUCCCUUCUGCAGCUCCCGGGUGCUGUCACACUCCUUCUGCCUGCACCAGGACGUGAUGAACCUGGCCUGCGCCAACACCACCCCCAGCGUGGUGUACGGCCUCACCGCCAUCCUGCUGGUCAUGGGGCUGGACGCCAUCCUCAUCUGCCUCUCCUACAUCCUGAUCCUCAAGGCUGUCUUGCGGCUGGCAUCGUGGAAGGAGAGGCUCAAGGUGUUCAGCACCUGCAUUGCCCAUAUCUGCGUGGUCCUGGCCUUCUACGUGCCCCUGAUUGGGCUGUCCGUGGUGCACAGGUUUGGGAAGGACCUGGCUCCACUGGUCCAUAUCACCAUGGGGAACAUCUACAUCCUGGUGCCUGCUGUGCUCAACCCCAUCAUCUACGGGGUGAGGACCAAAGAGAUACAGAGGAGGAUCCUGCAUUUAAUUCAUAUACACAAUGACAGAACUGCCCAGUGA